AUGCCAAAGCUGAGUAACAAGCAGUAUAUGGGGCUAGUCAAUGUGCACGAAGAGAACCUGGCAGACCUGAGUAAGUGCAAAGAAGAACCGCCCUUCUUCCAAAAACAAGUCUACGACACGAUGUGCAAGUCCGUUCAUCAGAAGCUGAAUCUGAAGCUCACGCCGAUCAGCCUGCGAAGUCAUAUGGGCAAGUUGAGGCAGAGGGUCGAGAGAAAGGUCAAUGCGGCUGCUAUGUAAGUGUAAUAUAAUGUUUAAGGCUAGAUUUUAAAAAAGUUGCUUUGUCGAUUUGGCCUAUAUUUUAGAUUUGGAGCACUUAUAGUAUUAGUAAUACGCAUGCAAAAAAUUGGGAAGAAAUAUGCACUUUUAAAAUUUGAAUUUUGAUUUUGGCGCCAAAUCGGCAUAUUGUUCAAGGAGGUUUAAUGGGACUGAAUUUUUGUAAAAUACGUCGUGUUGAGCAGUUUUCGUAUAUAUUUUAAAAAUUUGGUAAAGAUAUGUUUUUAAAAAUUUGAAUUUUAAGUUUGGUGCCAAAUUGGCAGUGUUCAAGGAGGCUUAAUGGGACUGAACGUUUGUAAAAUACGUUUUUCGGCCUCUUUUCAGAAAACGUAUAUAUAUUUAUGUUUAUCAGUAUAUAUUUAAAGGAAUGCACUUUUAAAAUUUGAAUUUUGAUUUUGGCGCCAAAAUUAAAAAACGUGCAAUUCGGUCGGUUUCUUCAGUCGAAUUGGCCGAAAAUUUUUUAACCUUUUGUUAAAGUAAACUAAGCUUAAAGCUAACAUUUAAGGUCUAGUUAUGUCAAAAACAAUAUCAAUUUUUGCAAUUUUAAAAUUUGAAUUUGAAUUUUGGCGCCAUAAUACAAACGUGGAAAGGAAAUUUUUCUUUGGUUGAAAUUCUUUAAAAUGGUUGCUUUCAGCCUAAAAAUAACGUUUAAAGUCUAGUUAUGUCAAAAAUAUUAUUCAUUUGUGCACUUUUAAAAUUUGAAUUUUGAUUUUCCCGCCAAAAUAUAAAAAUGUACCAGCCGGUAGAUUUCUUUGGCUAAAUUUUUUUAAAACGAUUUUCUUAAGUCUAAAAAUAACAAAGACGGUCUAGUUACGACAAAAAUUAUACAAAUUUUUGCACUUUUAAAUUUUGAAUUGAGUUUUUCCCGCCAAAUUUUGCAAAUUUCUAAAUAAGAUAAUAGUAAGCCUAAAGAUAAAAAACUAUAUAAAACUCAUUUUUAAACUCUAGAAAUGUCAUUUUCAGUAAAUACGGCUCGACCGAAGAAGAAGUUCUAUCAAAGUCAGCCGGCUUCACACCAGUCGAAGCCAAGCUCUAUCGUCUACUGACGAACAAAGAAGUACCACUAACCCUACUUGACAAUCAUGAUGACAUUUUCAAAUCAGACGUAAAAGAAUCAAAAACCAAUGGUCCCAAGAAGCGGCCGCGAAAGGACCCAAAACCAGAAAGUGAGAACAUCGAAAAUGACAACGAAUCGCACAGUGAAUCGCCUCGAGAACGGCUUCAGAACUCAGAGCUGGAGGGCAAUAACAUCGAUGUUUACAUGGAUACGGUAAGCUUUUACAUUGACUGAUUUUUUUAAAAUUUUGGAUGGGAAGCACUUAUAGUCCUAGUAAUAAGCAUGCAAAAAAUUGGGAAGAAAUUUGCAUUUUUAAAAUUUGAAUUUUAAUUUUGGCGCCAAGUUGGCAUAAUGUUCAAGGACGUUUAAUGGGCCGGAAUUUUGUAAAAUACGAUUGAUAGAGGAUUUUCAAUAAGCAUGCAAAAAAAUGGUAAAAAUUUGCACUUCAAAAAUUUGAAUUUUGUUUUUGGCGCCACAUUGGCAUAGUGUAUAUACUAUCUGGUAAGGCAGGUACGGGUAAAAGGGGUAGGUUUUUUAAAGUCUUGGGAGUUGAGGGAAGGGUGGAUUUGAUCUACUUUUGUAGGGUGUUGUAGGUAGGGUACGGUAGGAUCGGGCAGGGUAGGGUAGGUUAGUCAGGAGAGGUUAAGGCAGGGUAGGGUAGGAUACUUUACAAUUAAAUGAUAAGAGCGGUUUAAUAAAAAAUUGUUUUCAGAUUGAAAGAGUGGCUCAAAUGGGACGUCUGGCUCCGACUUCAGAAGUUUUGGAGCUUCAGAUUCCUCCACCGACAAAGAAGUUGAAGAAGUCGGAUUCCACUGACACUCCUAACAGAUCACCAAAAAGUCACAGCAAAGGGGUAGGUUUUAGGAUAUUUGGGGUGACGUUGAGUAGGCUGGGCUAAGCUGGGCUUGACUUGGCCUGCUUGGCUGGCCUGGGUUUGGCUUGGCUGGGCUUGUCUUGGCUGUGCUUGGCUGGGCUGGACUGGGCUUAGCUAGACUUGGCUGGGCUGGGCGUCUUGGCUUGUCAUGGCUAGGCUAGGAUUGGCUGGUCUGGGAUUGCUUUGGCUUGAUUAUUAUUAGGCUGGACUGAGCUUGACAAUAUUAGGCCUGGCCUUGGCGGGGCUUCGUGUCUUGGCUUUACUGGGCUGGGCUAUACAUGACUUUUUUGGGCAGGACAAGGUAGUGGCCUAUUACCUAAUACUAUUUGUCUUCAGGGCAAGAAAAGAAAGAACAUUGAGCCAUCAUUCGAAUUCUUCACUCAUCCUGACGAUGAACCGACCAAGGACAGUCUUCAGAAGCAAAAGAAGGAGCUGUAUCAGACUCAGAAGAGCUUGGCCGAACAAAGAUUGCUCCUGGAGAACAGACAGGCUGAGGUACUACAAUCUCAGGUCAGAUUCUACGAUGUAAGUUGAUUGAAAAUGGCAUUUGUAAAGAAAGUUCUUGCAAUUUUUUGAUUUGUAAAGAAAGUGUUUGCCAUUUUUGGUUUUGUAAAGAAAGUUCUUGCAAUUUUUGCUAAUACUAAUGAUUUUUUCAGGCUUGGGCGGGUCUAGCCCAAACAGUGGCCAACUUCUUCCGCUUAUUACCCAUUCCUCCGCCCAUGCCUCAGACUGCUUAA